AUGUCUCUCAUCAAUAAUAUUUGCCCCCUUGAUGGGAGAUACCGGGAAGCAACAGAAGAAUUGAGGAAAGUGUGGGGAGAUAUACACCUUAUGCGUCAUAGGGUUUAUGUUGAGCUAAAAUGGUUAGAGUUUUUUGUUGCGAAUGUUCACCCUCAAGUCCCUCUUACUCCUGAACAGCUCCGGGAUUUAGAGCCUCUGUAUGAGGUAACAGAAGAAAAUCUUCAAAGAAUAUUUGCCAUAGAAAAACAAACAAAUCACGAUGUUAAGGCUGUUGAAUAUUAUAUAAGGGAGAGGUUGGAGGCAAUUCCUUCAUUAUCUUCUUUAUUAGGCAUGCGGAUACUCCCCUUCUUGCAAGAACUCACGGGCAGCCAGCAACCCCAACAACAUUUGGCAAAGAAUUUGCUGUUUAUUAUCAUAGAUUAA